AUGGCGCUCACGCAGGAAAACACGUCUGCGACGAGCGACGCCCGGAAGGAAACGUCGGAUCCGGAGCUGCGCUGCUACCCGACGUGUCUGCAGCCGUGCGCCGACAUCAAGCUGUUCGUGCUGGCGCUCAGCGGCGUCUUCAUCUGCGUCGGCGCCUUCUUCGCUUACCGCAUCUCCGUGCUGUCGACGCUCGAGAAGCGCUUCGAAUUUCCGAGCAAGAAGUCGGGAAUGCUGCUCAUCUUCAACGACCUGACAGAAGCCAUCGUCGUGCUCGUCGGCAGUCACUUCGGAGGCAGGUCGCACCGGCCGCGCGUCAUCGCUCUGCUGUCGGCAAUCUUCGCGCUCGGCGUGUUUCUGACGUCGGUGCCGCACUACAUCUACGGCGGCGGCACGUACGAGGAGCGACAGUCCGACACGGGCCUGAAUCUGUCGGCGUGGCGCGACACGUGCGUCGGCGUCGCCAUGCCCGACACGUGUGACGUCACGCCGCAGACGAACAAGAUGGCGAUUGGAAUCAUUAUCAUAGGGCAACUGAUAUUGGGGAUCGGUUGCUCCAGCCUAUUUGCGCUGGGAUCCAGCUACAUUGAUGAUAACGUCGAACCCGAGAACUCGGCGUUUUAUCUAGGCAUAACAUACACCUUGCGACUAUUUGGACCUGCGCUCGGAUUCGUACUUGGAAGCAUUUUUACUCGAUUAUACGUUAAUUUAUCAGAUACGAAUCUGACGCCAAGCGACCCAGCCUGGAUCGGCGCAUGGUGGCUGGGGUUUCUGCUGAUUGCCGUGUUGUUGGCGAUCAUUUCUAUACCAAUGGCCAUGUUCCCGAAACACUUAGCAGUAAGCACUCACGAGCGUGAUCAUAGGGUUGACCGUGAUGCCCUUACAAGUGGACAGCUUACCACAAGCACCGAGACCAAGGGCAAACCAACUGGGAAGUCGCUUACUGUUCAUUCAAAAGAUUUAGGCACAGCACUUCUACGACUUCUGACGAACAAGACUUACAUCUUCGUCUUACUCGGCGCGAUAUUUGACGUCUAUAUAAUCGCCUGUUACUUGGUCUUUUUACCGAAAUAUUUGGAAGCGCAAUUUCGCGUACCUGCACAUAAGGCGAGCAUGUACACGGGACUCAUGGGUAUCAUGUCCUCGUGCCUUGGCAUAUUGCUGAGCGCCUACUUCAUGAAGAGGGCCAAGAUACAGCCGAAGGGAGGCAUAGCCAUGAUUAUAACCGGCAACCUCGUUACAAUAGUUUCACUCGUGAUUUUCGCCUUUCUUGGAUGCGACAAUGUGGAUUUCGCCGGUGGUCAGUUGACCGACUCGGGGUAUGACCUGACCAACAACUGCAGUAUGUCAUGCGAGUGUGACCGCACGAGCUAUGCGCCCGUCUGCGGCUCCGAUGCCGUAACGUAUUUCUCCGGCUGCCACGCGGGAUGUGAACGAAUGGACGGCAUUGCCCCUCACGAGAACUACUCGGACUGCGCGUGUGUUGGAGGUGACGGCACGGCGACGCACGGCACGUGUGAUAUCGGCUGCUCUUACCUGAUACCCUACCUCAUCGUUCUCGUAAUCAGCAGCUUCGUGUCCGCGCCCACAAAGAUCGCCUCCAUAACUGUCAAACUGAGUAGAAUUGCGUUAGCAGGUGGUUCAGAGGGCGCGAACGUAGUGUUGCAGAUGGCUUGUUCCGUGGCUAGACUUGCAACAACCACCCUGAGCAGUGAACAAUUACUGACGAUUGCUCCCCAGAGUUGCGUUUGCAAGAUGGAGUCGUCGAUAAAGAUUUAA